AUGGAGUCCCCCCGCCAGCUCUCACCAGCUGCCUCCCCGGGCCUGCACCCCAUCGCCUCACCCGGGGCCUCACCCGCGCGCUCCCGCGCCUCCUCUCGAGGCUCGCACCUAAGCCUGGACCUAUCCUGCCUGCCGCCAUUAACGCAGCCCGCAAAGCCAACCAACACCCUUCUGAUCACCAACCUCAACAACCCCACCCUCUUCACGCAGCCGCACAUCACGCAGCUGCGGGACAUUAUAUCCGCGACGUCCCCCCUGGCCAGCUGGUCACCCUUGAAGUCCUUCCGGCGCAUCGUCUGUUCCUUUUCCAGCACGGACGACGCGAUCAGUGUCCGCACCGCACUCGACGGCAGCGCGUUGAUGGGGGACCGGGUGCGGGUGUACUUCGGCGAGCACACGCCUCUGCAGCCGAUCGACCAGCACCUGCAAGCGCCGGAGGCGUCGAAGCUAUUUUUCAUUUCGCCGCCGCCGUCGCCGCCGCACGGCUGGGAGUCGCGCAACGAGGAGCCGCCGAACCAGGUCGUUGUCGCCGAGGACCUGGCGCACGCGCUCGCCCGCCUCUCCUGGGAGCCGAAGCAUCAGGAUGAAAAUAACAAUACGGCGGCCGCAGGGGACGCGAAUAGGGAGAGGAUUGGGAGGCCGAGGAGCGCGAGCUCGGUACUCUUGUUUGAACCCGAGAAGGGAGACGAGAAGGAGAUGCCCGCUAUCAGUGUUGAUGAUUACACCGACUCAGGUGACGAGAAUAGUCCCGUUGAGCCGCCGGCUGCGUUGUUGGCUGGCCUGCCGAAGGUGGAGCAGGUACACACGCAGAGGCCGCCGGUGGAGUUGAUGUGA